AUGCGAGUGGGUUUUAUAGUGAUAUGCGGCAUAUCGCUGCUAUCAUUAGUCAACGGAUACGCUAUGAAAUGCUCCAAGUGCACAAAGCAUGACUGUGUGUGUAGACAGAAAAUCCUGAAAGCUACCAUUCUGGACCCACCGGACUUCGAAAGUACCAAGCAAUGCGAGGAAACAAACCCCACCGAUCUGAAGCCAGUUAAAGAUUGCUGUUCGUGUGUAGACGUAACGCACGUGCGGCCAUGCCCGAGGGAUGCAGAUGAGCCCAAAUUUGCGCCAUCAACAUCAUGCGAGUGCGGCUAUGACGAAUGCAAAACUCCACCAAAAAAAUACCCUGCCGAUCCGAUUAGUCUACAUCUAGCCGCCGUUGCAGCCCGAAAGAAGACUAUUUCCGAAACAGAUUUGCAUUUCCACGGACCACCCGUUAAAGCAUUACCAUGCCCAAAACCAGUUAUAACCAUUGCGGAGGAAUUGCUGCACAAACUUAAUCGCCAUCCGAUCGAACUGCAGCCCGCGAAAAAGAAAUAUGCUCCUAGGGUAGAAUCAUCUGAAGAGGAACUAUAUCAAUGCCAUCCGGAGAAACAGCACUACUCCGAAAUUUGUUACGGCAAGAUAGACCAUCCGAUCCCCACAUUCGAGCAAAUUAAGCCAGAAGAAGUGCCUUGUCAAACCGCACCGGAGGUCGAAGAAUUAUCUAGAGAAUGUGCUGAUACUGAAGAAGACUGCGAUACUGAAGAGGAAACUCGAGAGGAGUCCCAAGAGAAAGAAGAGGAAGAAGACUGUUCUAGCCCAGAUAAUUCCACCGAGGAAUCGGAUGAUUGCGAUUCAUGUGAAGAGGACGAGUACAGGAAACGAUCUAUACGCUUACCUGUGAAUUCUGCUAAAAGACAAACAAGUUCGAAAUGGAAGUUCUAA